AUGAACACCUGUACUCUAAUGAGAGCUUUUCACGAGAAAACAAUUCAUUUCAGAAAUAAGAGUCACUCUACUAGGAGCGAUGGUCUACCGCCUCUUCGUGGUGCGGGGGUGACUCUGGGUGUCGAACUGCGAAGUACAGCGGACUUAUCCCCCAGCAGGGUCUCCGAAGCUGAGAAGGAGUUCGACGUUUUCUGGUUCUGCGGAUAUCCAGCUAAGAGUAAGCCAUGCCAGAAGUACCACCGUCUGGCUGAUUCAGUCGCUCGGUUUCUCCCUGAUUCACAUAAGAUCAGCGACUGCCUGUGGCGAACGCUUGGCAGGCCCUGCUAA